AUGUCUGAUUCAACACGGCCUCUCGAUUCCGACCUCAUCCGACCUGGUCGUCGCCCUCGCCGAGAACGAAAAGCAAACGGCAGAGCAGAUGGGCCUGUCCUUGUAGCCGCUCCUCUUGCCGGGCGCAGCAUCCAAAGGCCUCGUCGCCAGCUUCGUCGUCUCCUGUACGAAGUGCAGAUGGUCUUGAUCGCUUUGAUGACCCCCAUCUGUAUCCGUACGGCCCAGUCAUUGCUCCUUCAGAUCCCCGAUGGCCCCGUUCGCCUUUGGGGCUUGGUGAAGACACCCCUGGUAGGGCACGGCACUUGGCAAGCACAGCCAACCUGUAUUCGUACUAUCGACACCGCAACAAGCAGGGCGAGGUACAUUGUCGCCCUCCAUCCUUAUCCCCCUUCACCGUAUCCGCGGCCGCCGCGCGCGAUCUGCCUUUUACGGCGGAAGUCCAUGUGUCGUCCCUGUCGCUCAUCGCCUGAAGCGUUCCCCGCCUCGCCCCUCGACCUUUCCAGGCUUUCUCUCUCCAGAGUCUCCGACACCCAGCUCAACGUGCUUGUCCAAGUGCCACGACGAUGUCUCCCCGACAACGACGGGUCUCUACGGAGUAGUCUUCACAAGCACGCAUCCCCUCCCCAGACCACCCCAGACGCGGACAGAGUCCCAGGGGUCCUCACGAGGUGCAGCAAGCCACCGCAAAGCCGCCGUAUGUGUUCUGCCCUUUUGGGACACGGGCAACGCGGGUCGAACAGAAAGGAGCGGCCUUUGCCCCCCCGAGUCUGUGGAAGCACAGAGAAGGGCACAGACGAGUGCGCCGUUGACGCCAGCGGGACGGACUUGAGCGAUGGUUGCGCAGAUAGCCACGACAACGGCGGCACGGGUGGGUGCGACGGUGUCCGCGGUUGA